GGGGAUGGCGGGACUGGAGUCCUCGGCGCACUUCAAGGACCGUGCGCGGAAGUAUGGGUUGGCUGAUGAUCUUCUCUCUGAGUUCACCAAGGCUGGGAUUGAUACCUUCGGCAAGCUGGCAUUCAUUUGUGCCAUUCAGCCAAACUCUGGAGAUGAUACUGCACUGCUUCAAGCAAUCAAGGGCUUGACUGGGAAGGAUGUCCCAGCCAAGGAAGUCCCGACGGUGCGCAGGCUCUGGUAUGAGUCGCAUACUCAUGCCAUGCUGGACUUGCAGCAGCAGGUUCAGAAAACCCCCGACAGUCAGCCCCGGGAAAUGCCAAUGGCAGAGCGCCUCAUGAGGCUGAAGCGCCAGAGGGAUGAACUUAAAGGUUUGGUUCUUGAUGUUCGGACCGAGCCUGGCCAUGCCCUGGUGGAUAAGGUUCAAUCCAUGUUGGAUCAGGGCCUUAUUUCACACAUCCCUCCUGAGAAGUGUGUCAGCAGGCAAGAUGAGAUUAUGGGGGUGAAGAGUGAGAGUCGGCUCUCUUUGGGAAGUGAUGGCAACAUCAAGAUGACGAAUCAGGCGAGCGACCUCAGGUGUGAUACUUCAGGGGAGUUACGCUUGCGCCAGUGCUUCCUCAGGAGAGCGCUAGCAUUCGAUCAAGUCGGGCUCGCUUCAUUCGUGCAACUUGAGGAGUGGAGCAACAAGAUGUUUCAGGCCCUUCUUGAAUCCCCGCCUGCAGGCUACCGUUAUGUGACUGUUCAGCAGAUUCUUUCGGCUGAUGCCAAGUUGUGGCAGAUCAUGUCUCAGGAGUCCCGCGGGAACAUCGCGGUAGGGAGUGGCUUGGAUCCUCCGUUGGAUGCUCUUCUUAAGAAGCUUUGCCUUGACCCGCUUGUCAUUGCAUGCAUGACUCCGUUGCCAGUGCCGGCCAAUCAGCCUGCCCCGAGCUCUGCGUCGACUGGUGGGCCCAGCAAGGGCCCCGGGAAGGGCAAUCCUAAGAAGGCCGGCAAGGGCAAGAAUGGAAAAGGGAAGCAAGCCGAGGGCGCUUCAGCCGAGGGUGUGUCCUUGAAAGAGUUGCUGGCAAGCCUUCCGGACAACUGCGAGGCUAAGAAUGCUGAGGGGCGCUUCACUUGCCCGUUUUACAACAAGGGCGUUUGCAGGUUUCAGAAGCGCAAGAGUUGCCGGUUUGGCAAGCAUGUGUGCUACUACAAAGGUUGCAAGGCGGUGGUUUUGUCGGCCGCGGCCUCUUCCCCUGAGGACUUUGCUCAAGUUUGCCUGGACAAUCAUGAUUUUUCCCAGUCCAAGAUUCUUGAGCUCUUUGAUCUUUUGCCAAAGGUGCAUGUUGACACGCAGAAUGCUUUCUUGCCAAACGUGGUUGUUCCUCUCAGCUCCUUUGCUGGGGGUGACAUCUUGGUCCAUGCCAAGAAACAGGAACCGAGGGAGCUCUUCGGUCGGCCUUCUACAGAUGGCCCCGGUGCCGCCGCGAUGCCUCUUGUUGAUCAGGUGCAGGCUCCGUGGCUUGUUGAGGUGUGUGCCGGCUCGGCUGUCUUGUCUGCAACUGCUUUGAGCGCUGGGUGGAAUGCACUGCCCAUCGAUCAGCCUUCCUGUCGCUUUCAUGCCCAUACGCCUUUGUUCAUCUUGGACAUGCGCCAAUCUUCUAGUUCCGUGCUGCUGGCUUCCUUCGCCAGCCGUGCUAAUGUUGCAUGGUACCAUUUCGGUCUUCCCUGUGGCACUUGUUCAAGGGCUCGGGAGAGGCCAUUGCCGAAUGCGCCCCGGCCUCUGCGUGAUGCCGACAACCUCUUCGGUAAGGCCAGCCUCCGGCCUGCCGAGCAGGAGCAAGUCGAUGCUGCUAACCAGGUGUAUGCGCAGGCUGUAGAGGUUCUCUUUCUUGCUUUCAGUCGUGGCGCUCUUGUGACGAUUGAAAACCCCGUGCGGAGCUGGUUGUGGCCGCUGCUGGCCUCUCUUGUCAAACAGCGUGGGCCGGCUUCAUUUCGCAAGUGGUACUUUGACUUGCAGGAUUUUGACUUUGACAGCUGCAUGUUUGGGUCUGGUCGCGCCAAGGCCACUCGCAUUAAGGGUUCCCAGGCUUUUCAGAGUCUCGCGCGUGCCUGUGAUGGCAAGCACCAGCACUUGAGUUGGGCCCCUCUUCGUCUGGAUCAGGGAUGGCAGUUCAAAACAAAAGACGAGGCGGCAUACCCUCAGCAGCUUUGUGACUUUCUAGUGGCAGCUGCCGGUGCCCGUCCGAAUGCCAAGGCUGAACAGUGGCGUGCCCGUGAGCUUCGCGCGCAGGUGCGCGCCCCUGCCGGGCAUCAGUCUCGUUAUGCCGCUGCCCUUAUCCCGGAGUUCGAGUACCAGGCACCCCUCUCCCAGGUGCCGCCUCAUCGUGACUACAACUACAAGGUUCCCGAUGCUGUGCGCCGAAACAUCUUCAAGCUUUGCACUGAUGGGCCGCUCGCAGUGUCAAAGCUGCGCCUGCAAUCGUUGAACCAACUGAACUCCCGUCUCAAGGAGCUCGAGGCCCAGGAGGCUGAGUUGCGUCGGGGGAUGCAUCCUGACGUUGAGGAGGUCACUAGAGGGAAGGCCAUUUGUCUUUUCCGUGAACUCCUAGAGGAGACUGGGUUCGGGGAUCUCUCGGUAGUUGACUCCCUGGUUUCGGGUGUAGAGCUUGGGGGUGUCGAGCCCGAGUGUCGGCUGUUCCCUGAGCGUCGUCGACCUAUGCAGAUUCACCCGGACCAGCUGGAUGNNAGGCGUGAAGAAACCAUGCGUCGACGUCCUCCUUCAGAUCCGGCCGAUUCUGCUGCCUUGAUUGAUGAAACAACUCAGGAGAUUGAGGCCGGGUUCCUGCUGGGGCCUUUCACUUCUGUUGAGGAGGUCAGCGACUUCUUGGGCUGCCAAUGCUGGUCCCUGUCGCCUCGCUUUCUCUUGAGGCAGGGCGAGGAUGGCAAAGUUCGUGUCAUCGAUGACUUCAGUGCUUCAUCUGUCAACCAGAGCUUCGAGUCCCACUCCACUCGCAUUUGGUGCUGCAGGUGCUUGGCUACCCGGACAAGAAAGAUGGUUGGACAUUUGCAGUCUCCCGAAGUCUUCCUUUUGGUGCAACGGCCAGCGUCUAUGGCCCUGGCGCUGCUACACAUCAUGGUGGUCAAGUUCCACGCCAUAGCCACGGUGCUUUGCAGAUUGCUCAAGCUUCUUGGCUGGGUCUUCGCCGAGGAUGGCAAGAAGUUCGUUCCUUUUGCAUCGCAGGUCGUGACAUUGGGUGUUGUUCUGAAUCUUGAAGACAUCUGGAAGGGCCGAAUCACCGUUUCCAACAAGCUGGGGCGUGUCGACAAGAUCUGCUCGAUGCUAGCCCCCCUAGUGGAGGGCAAGCCGGCCACGAGGUCCCAGCUGGCUAGUCUUCAUGGUUUGCUGAAUUUCGCAGGCGGCCACGUGUUGGGGUUCCAGCUCAAGCCUGCUGUCCGGAUGUUCUCGAAGGCCCUUGCCAGGGGCCGUACAUUUGGAGAUGAACUUCGAGCUGCUGCACUGCUUGCGCUGGAUGUCUUGAAAGCGGCUAGGCCGAGGACUUUGCUGGCCCGUUUGACGCCGCCAAUGAUCCUUUACACCGAUGGUGCAUACGAGAGAGGAGUGGCGACUUGGGGGGCGAUCCUCCUGGACCCGCUCUCCGGAGCUCGCUGGAUGUUUCAUGGUACGGUGGGCAGUGCUUUGUGCAACCAUUGGAGAGCGCAUGCUGGGGAGCAGAUAAUCUGUGAAGUGGAAGCCUUCGCGGUUGAACUUGUUCUUUACGGCUUGAGAGGAGUGCUGCGAGGUCGUUGCAUCACCGCCUACAUCGACAACGAUGCCGCACGAUAUGGCUUCAUUCGGCGCACGUCUCCAUCGCUGUGCAUGUCGAACAUAAUCUGCCUGGCCAUUCUUGAGACUUCGUUGUGGUACGAAAGAGUACCCUCGAAGUCCAAUCCGUCGGACUUGCCAUCGCGAGGUGCUCUUGAGGAGGCCGUGCAGCGCUUCAAGGUCCUGGAUAAGGGCGAUGUGGCUGUAUCCGAACAUGUUCUUUCAAUGCUUGUCUCGAAGACUUACGAUCCCCGCUUGGCUGAUGCCGUUGCCAAGGCGGUGAGAUGCGAAGCAGACUUGAUGGCAGAGCUUUGCCAGUGA